GCGGGCGGCGGCGCCGGAGGAGGGACCGCGCUGCCGGGGGAGGGGACAGGGGGCGACCCCCGGCCUCCCCCCGCCCCAGGGGUCACCCCCACACCGCGGGGACCCCCGCACGAGCCGCGGGACACCCCCAGGGAGCCGCUUCCUGCUCGGGCCAGCCCGCACAGGCCGGGGCCCAGCCCGGCGCCAUGGAGCCCCGAGGCGGCGCCUGGCAGACCCCCAACGCCGAGAACCUGCCCCCCCAGACGCUGCGGCUGCUCUGCCGGGAGGUGUCGCUGCUGAGCGCCGACCCCCCCGACGGCAUCAAGGUGUUCCCCAACGACGAGGACGUCACCGACCUGCAGGUGGCCAUCGAGGGGCCAGAGGGCACCCCGUACGCCGGGGGCCUGUUCCGCAUGAAGCUCGUGCUGGGCAAGGAUUUCCCGGCCGCCCCGCCCAAGGGAUUCUUCCUGACCAAAAUCUUCCACCCCAACGUGGGGCCCAGCGGCGAGAUCUGCGUCAACGUGCUCAAGCGGGACUGGAGAGCCGAGCUGGGGCUGCGCCACGUGCUGCUGACCAUCAAAUGCCUGCUGAUCCAGCCCAACCCCGAGUCGGCGCUGAACGAGGAGGCGGCGCGGCUGCUGCUCGAGGACUUCGAACGCUUCGCGGCGCGCGCGCGCCUGCUCACCGACAUCCACGCGCGCGGCCCCCCCCCCAGGGACCCCUCCCCAAACCGCGACCCCCCCCCGGGGCCCUCGGCCGCCCCCCCGGGCCCCCCCGACGGCCCCGUCCCCAAAAAGCACGCGGGGGACAGGAAGGCGCCCCCCAAGAAAAAGGGGGACAAGAAGCGCGCCCUGCGCCGGCUCUGAGACCCCAGACCCAAUUCCGGGGUGGGGGGCGGGGGAGGGGGGGGGGAGACCCCCCCCAGGCUCGGUUUGAGGGUCCCGGACUCAAUUGGGGGGGCUGAGAGAGACCCCAGACUCAAUUGGGGGGGCUGAGAGACCCCGGGCUCGAUUUUGGGGGUCCCAGGUUUAAUUUGGGGAUGGGGGAGACGCCCCGGACUUGAUUUGGGAUGGGGGGACUGAGACCCCAGACUCAGUUUGGGGGGAGGGGCUGACAGACCCCAGACUUGAUUUCGGGGGCAUAUCUAAGACCCCAGACUCAAUUUUGGGGGUCCCAGAUUCAGUUGGGGGAGAGAGACCCCAGACUCAGUUUGGAGAGGGGGGAUGAGACCCCAGACUUUAUUUUGGGGGUCCCAGAUUCAGUUGGGGGGAGAGAGACCCCAGACUCAAUUUGGUAUGGGGGGAUGAGACCCCAGACUCAAUUUUGGGGGUCCCAGAUUCAGUUGGGGGGAGAGAGACCCCAGACUCAGUUUGGAGAGGGGGGAUGAGACCCCAGACUUUAUUUUGGGGGUCCCAGAUUCAGUUGGGGGAGAGAGAGACCCCAGACUCAAUUUGUUAUGGGGGGGAUGAGACCCCAGACUCUUUUGGGGUCCCAGAUUCAGUUGCGGGGAGAGAAGAGAGACCCCAGACUCAGUUUGGAGAGGGGGGAUGAGACCCCAGACUUUAUUUUGGGGGUCCCAGAUUCAGUUGGGGGAAGAGAGACCCCAGACUCAAUUUGGAGGGGGAAUGAGACCCCAGACUUUAUUUUGGGGGUCCCAGAUUCAGUUGCAGGGGGGAGAAGAGAGACCCCAGACUCAAUUUGGAGGGGGAAUGAGACCCCAGACUUUAUUUUGGGGGUCCCAGAUUCAGUUGCAGGGGGGAGAAGAGAGACCCCAGACUCAAUUUGGGGGGGUCCCAUAGUCCCAAAGCACCCCCAGACUCAUUUUGGGGUCCCAGACUGAAUUCAGGGGUCCCGAUCCUCCCCCAGACUCAAUUUAGGGGUCCUGAUGCCCCCAGACCCAUUUUGGGAACCCCAACCCCCCUUUUGGCCCCCCCCGGAGCCCCCAGACCCAUUUUGGGGGGUGGGGGAGGGGAUUUUGGGGGGCGGGGGGGGCGGGGCCGCCCCUCCCCCGCUUUAAGUUAUUUUAAGUUAUGUGGGAAAAGCCCCAAAAAGGCGAAAAGCGCCCCCAAAAAAUUCCCCCCGAAAAUCCCAUUAAAGGCUUGGUUUUGUAACAGA